CAAAGGCAAACGAUGGUCCAAAAGAAAUGUCUAAGGAGAGAGAUCCUGAACCUUUAACUUCUAAAAAACAAAUUGAAAACGAUCAGCAGGAAGUUCUUUCUGGAGCGGCUCUUCUUUCUGGACUUGCGGCAAAUCCUUUUGCUGAAGAAAGUCAAAGACAAGCUGAUGUCUUUAUUACACAUAUAGAGGAUAUUGAUGUGAUAGUUGGAGACGACAGGCGUUUACAUUUCAAUGAAAUCGACGAACAUGUUGAUGAACCUCGACAGGAUGAUGUUCCAUCGGUUUCUGGUGUAGAUUCAAUCAGAACUUUCCGGUCAAAUGAGAUGGGGUACGAGUCUACCCCACAUGUGAUACUUCCUGAUGUUGUGCGGGAUAAAUUGAAGGAAAACCAGGACGCCGCUGUUGAGACCUAUGGGGAUUUAUCUGGCUUCUCCGAAGUGGAGAAAGCUAAAAUAUGUUUAACACAAGCUGUUGCAAGAGCGUCUGAAAUUUUGUUCAGAGUACCAGACCCCAUUACAGAGAACUUCAAAUUGUUGUUGCAGGUUGUUCAAAAUCAUGUGAUUACUGCUGGUUUAAAUGACGAGUUGAAGAGAACUGCUGACACAGCAGAGCAUCAGAUUCGGAUAGCAAAGGCUGCGCAGAAGCGAGCUGAAGAUGCUGCUUCAGACAGCAAAUUUCAAAUGGAAGAUAUGAUAGAAAAAUUCCACACAUUCUUACGCGAAAUGGAACAUUCAAUCACUCCUUAUGUUGAACAAGGUCAGGAUUUGACUUGCUCUGAUGAAGUUGUGGACAUUCCAUCGUUUAAAGUUCGUAUUCAGAAGAAAAUGGAUCAGGCAAUAACUUCUAGAGAUCAGAUGAUCAAGGAUCUUGAUGAGCAGAAUUCUCUUUUCAGGAUAGAAGCCGGAAAGAGGCAGACUGGACUUGAGACCGAAAUUAAGCGUCUGAAGGAGUUAGUUUCAUCUACAGAAAUAAGUUUAUCAGAAGCUCAAAAACAAAUUACUUUGAUCAAAGAACAAAAUGAUCUGAAACGGUCUGAAUUUGAGACAGAGAUCAAUAACCUGAAGCACACAAUCUCUUCUGAUAACUUACGAUUGAUGGAGGUUCAAAAACAACUUCAAACUGAGAAAGAUCAUUUGGAAAAUGCCAGAGAAUUGCUGAAAACUCGCAUCUAUACACAGGAACAAUACAAUGAGGGUUACGAGAAUGGUUACAAAGUUGCUCGUCGCCUUGCGAUUCAUCUUGAACCAAAUAUUAAUUGGGAAUUGGCAGAGGAAUGGUCUAUGGACCUUAAUCAUCCAAAUAUGCAGCGUCCUCAUGCUAAUGAACUUGCUUUACUUGCUCGGCUAUCUGAAAAGGAUGAUUUUGAGGAAGAUGAUGACGAUGAGGUAGAGAAAAUUAAGCCUCAGAUUCAAGAUGUUAGGACUGCUGCGUCCUCUGUUGCUGACACUAAAAAGGUUCCUGAUGCUAAUAUAGUUGAUGCUGGUGCAUAGGAAAUCGGGCAGUCGUCUGCAGAAUCUUGCGGUUCUACAAGUGUUUGAUUGUACAACGCUGUUUCUGCUCUUUUGCCUUUUUUCCAGCUUGCCAAUUGUACAAAUUACUCUGUUUAAAUUACACCUGAGUUUGUACUAAAUUCGGCAGCUGUGUAUCCGCGUGUAGGCGGCUGCCGAUUUAGGUUUCUCUUUGUUCUUUUCUUAUCCAGACUAUAUCUUUUUUGUUGCUACAAUUAUCUCUAAAACCGUUUCCAGGUUUAGGGAUUAUGUUUAAAUAAAUUAACCUGCUAUGUUGACUUUAUAUUUAGUUUUCGUGCUAUUGUUUUAUUUUAUGUUUCUUUGUUCUUUUGUUGUGAUUUAUCUGCUAUGUUAACAUAGCAAUAACUACGGUUGCAUGUAGAACUAUU